GAAUACAUCGGAACAAUGAGUUUUUCUUCUAUACAGGUGUUAGUUCUUGUGUUACUAUGCAACCAGAUUGUGUUUGCUGUGGACAAAACCAACGAUGCUGAGAGUAAACGAGACACCAACUUCGGAAACCGCUCCCCGUCGCUCGAUAAAUUUGAUAACCGGAAUAUCGAUAGGUAUCGACCAGAUAACGAUUAUGAUAACAGAUACGAUGACUAUCAUAACUACCGGCCAGAUUACGGUUAUGAUAACAGAUACGAUGCCUAUAAUAGGUAUCGUCCAAAUAAUGGUUAUGAUAACUUAUACAAUAACUAUCACAGGUAUCGACCAGAUAAUGGUUAUAACAGAUACGAUGAUUAUCACAGGUAUCGACCAGACAACGGUUAUAACAAAUACGAUGACUAUCCUUACGAUAACAGAUUCGACGUUCGUGAUAGCAUGUAUAAUCCACAACGCUCUUAUUACAACAACAAUAGAUACGAUGAUCAUUAUAACAAUGGACUUCGUUAUCGAGAUCCCUACGCUAAUCGUUACAACAACCGAUAUUAUAGAAGAUACCCAUAUAACAACCCUUAUGGAGAUCGUGGCUAUGGAGAUGACCCAUAUUAUGACAGAGAUUAUCCUGGUGGUUCUCGAUAUGAUGACAGCCUCUAUAGUGGAAGAGAUCCAUAUUAUGAUCCAAGAUACGGAAACUCUCACCCCUAUAAUAACCGUUACGAUUAUAGAAGAUCUUUACAACCCGAAGACAAAACGAUCAAUACGCCCCUUUCAUCAAUCGGCUUCGCUACAGAUGAUAGAUACCCUCGAAAAGGAACAGGUACUUUCACUCCCCAAUCUAUUCAUUCUGGUGAAGAUAAAGGAUUUUCCAGAUCCUACACCAACAGUCAGAAUUCUCGCACAUUCAGCAAGACAGAGUAGAUCACGUUUUCUUCAUAACGUUUCUGUAAGUCUGACUAAACAAUUAAUAAAUUAUCAAUUACUGACAUGUGCACACACACACACACACAUAUAUACAUAUACACACACACAUUUAAACGAUUUUUAAUUUGUUGAAACAAUUCCACUACAUUUUCUAAUAACGACAGAAAUGUUAAACAUUUUCCACGACAGAUAAACAGCACCUACAACAUAUACUUAAAUUUUACGAUCUCUGCAACGAAUCACUUGAAAUAGAUUUACGGGUAGGAGUAGCCUUCUAUAAAAACGAAAUCCCUCUCACAUUUGACAAACUAACCUCCCCAAUAAAGUAUACUAUACACAAAUAAAGCUUAUAAGUCGUUAUUUUAAAUGUGUAAUAAGCCUAAAAGUAUUUACUUUUAUUACAUUGUCGUGUUAACUAUCAGCCAAUGAAAUGUCAAGUUUUGACUUUCGAAAAACGUUUUGGUAGAUGUUCGUUGCACUUUUAACCUAACU